UAUCCACAUUCCAUUCCAAUCCAUAGACACGCACUGCACACUCCCAUCUGAUCUCUCACAAGAACCCAUUUUUCCCCGAUUUCUCUGUCUAAUUCUCUCUCUAGAUUUCAUCAGCUGAUGGCCAUGUCUGGAAUUCUCUCUCGAUCGCUGUCCCGUGCCUCCCUCCGCCCGCCACCGCCUCUAGUCAGCCACCACCGCCACCGCUCCAACAAGACCCACCACGCUCAGUUCAUGGAAGUGGAGGUGGAUCAGGCGUCUUCAUCGCAGCCUGAUUCUCCGGAGGCAGCCACCGAGGUCGUUACACUCGGUUUCAAGAAGCUCGAGGACGCCAUCCACAGCAUGAUUGUCCGCCGCGCCGCACCAGAUUGGCUCCCCUUCCUCCCUGGCUCCUCCUAUUGGGUCCCACCCAGCGCCUCCCCUAGGCGCUCUGGCCAUACUGCCAGCAGCAUGGUUGAGUUCGUCGAAAAAUUAGCUUCUUCACGGGUGGCAAGGAAGCGGAGUUUGCCGCUCGAUUGGUUAUUGGACGAUGAAGAUAUGGCCUCUGUGUCUGCCAAGGGCUGGCCUUCCUCUGUGUUUUAUGUCGAAGUGACUCCCCCAAUAGAACCUGCUCCAGUGGUUGAAGUGGAGGUGAACACACUGGAUUGUGAAGACCAAGCCGAAGACACAUCUAACUCGAGGAUGACCAAGGAUGAUGAUGACUUACAUUAAAAUCUCAUCCAGGGGUUUUCACCAAUGUAGAUAUGUAGAGCAUGGCUAAGGUAAGAGAAGUCGGCAUGAAGAGAAAAAGAUCAACAAGUUGAGUUUGUACAGAUGGAUUCUUGAUAGAGUGACUGCCUGAGAUCUAACAUGGUUCUCUCAAUCAUGAUGUCCAAUUGAGAAUGUGUUCACAUAUUUAUGUUGUUUUAGCCAACAGUUGUAGUUUCUUUUGUAUGGUUGAAAUAAUUAAUAAGUUGAUCAAAUUAAUCCCAAUGCACAUUUCUUACUUGAAUGAAAGGUCCCAUCAUUUUGUUGCCUAUGAA